CAAUCAAAUUAUUCUCGUUGUUCAUUCACUCGCACACUCUUUCUCUGCCCUUUUUCUUUAGCUUUCGUCUUCUCCGAUCGCCUAGGGUUUGGGAUCACCGAGAUAACACAGUAAACUAAAUCUUCAGCAGCUAUGGCGGCUACAAUGGUGAGCUCGGCGGGUGGGCUACUGGCUAUGCUCAACGAGACGCACCCCUCGCUCAAGCUCCACGCUCUCUCCAACCUCAACAAUCUUGUCGACAACUUUUGGCCCGAGAUCUCCACCAGCGUUCCCAUCAUAGAAAGUUUGUAUGAAGAUGAGGAGUUUGAUCAGCAUCAGAGACAACUUGCUGCACUGCUUGUGUCAAAGGUCUUCUACUACUUAAGUGAACUAAAUGAUUCAUUGUCUUAUGCACUUGGAGCGGGUUCUCUAUUUGAUGUUUCAGAAGAUUCAGACUAUGUUCAUACUCUUCUUGCUAAAGCUAUAGAUGAAUACGCCAAUCUUAAGACUAAGGCAGCAGAAUCAAAUGAUGAAGCAGCAAAGGUGGACCCUAGACUAGAAGCAAUUGUGGAGAGAAUGUUGGAUAAGUGUAUUGCUGAUGGGAAAUACCCACAAGCUAUGGGCAUUGCAAUUGAAUGCCGAAGAUUGGAUAAACUUGAGGAAGCAAUCACCAAGAGUGAUAAUGUUCAUGGGACAUUGUCUUAUUGUAUUAAUGUCUCACAUUCCUAUGUUAAUCUUAGAGAAUAUCGGCAUGAGGUUUUGCGUCUCCUCGUUCAAGUGUAUCAAAAGCUCCCAUCUCCUGAUUAUUUGAGUAUCUGUCAGUGUCUUAUGUUCUUGGAUGAACCUGAAGGCGUUGCAAGCAUACUGGAAAAGCUUCUACGCUCUGAAAAUAAGGAUGAAGCUCUCUUGGCAUUUCAAAUAGCCUUUGAUCUUGUAGAAAACGAGCACCAAGCAUUUCUCAUAAAAGUGAGAGAUUUCCUUUCAACUCCCAAGACUCAAUCUUCAGAACCAGUGCAGCCAGCAUCUGUUGAACCAGAAUCUGCUCAAAAUGAAAGUUCUACCACUCCAGAGGAUGUUCAAAUGACCGAUGGAAGCUCUGCUUCUAAUCUGAAUGUGCAUGAAACUGAUCCAAAUGAAGUAAUGUAUGCUGAGAGGUUGACCAAGAUCAAGGGAAUUUUGUCAGGAGAGACGUCGAUACAGUUGACUCUACAAUUCUUGUACAGUCAUAACAAAUCGGAUCUUCUUAUCCUAAAGACAAUAAAGCAGUCUGUUGAGAUGAGAAAUAGUGUCUGUCAUAGUGCAACAAUCUAUGCUAAUGCGAUUAUGCAUGCGGGAACUACAGUUGAUACCUUUCUUAGGGAGAAUCUAGACUGGUUGAGCAGAGCCACAAAUUGGGCCAAGUUUAGUGCAACUGCAGGUCUAGGUGUUAUUCAUAGAGGCCACUUGCAACAGGGGAGGUCACUAAUGGCACCUUACUUACCUCAGGGUGGGGCUGGUGGUGGUGGCAGUCCAUACUCGGAAGGUGGAGCACUUUAUGCUCUGGGUCUUAUUCAUGCCAACCAUGGGGAGGGCAUCAAACAAUUCCUUCGAGAUAGCCUGCGUAGUACUAAUGUGGAGGUUAUCCAACAUGGUGCAUGCUUAGGUCUUGGUUUAGCAGCUCUAGGAACUGCUGAUGAGGAUAUCUAUGAUGACAUAAAGAAUGUUCUCUACACCGACAGUGCUGUUGCUGGCGAAGCUGCUGGCAUCAGUAUGGGUUUACUUAUGGUUGGAACUGCAAGUGAGAAGGCAAGUGAGAUGCUUGCUUAUGCACAUGAGACACAACAUGAGAAGAUCAUUAGGGGGUUAGCGCUGGGAAUAGCUCUUACUGUUUAUGGAAGAGAAGAAGAAGCAGACACUCUAAUUGAGCAGAUGACUCGGGAUCAGGAUCCAAUACUACGUUAUGGUGGUAUGUAUGCAUUGGCACUGGCCUAUGGGGGGACAGCAAACAAUAAAGCCAUUCGACAGCUACUGCACUUUGCUGUAUCAGAUGUGAGCGAUGAUGUAAGGAGGACUGCUGUUCUAGCACUUGGGUUUGUCCUGUACUCUGAGCCAGAGCAGACUCCUAGAAUUGUCUCAUUGCUGUCUGAGUCUUACAACCCUCAUGUUCGAUAUGGUGCGGCUCUUGCAGUGGGCAUUUCCUGUGCUGGUACUGGGUUGAGUGAGGCUAUAUCUUUGCUAGAGCCUUUGACAUCAGAUGUUGUUGAUUUUGUCCGUCAAGGUGCCCUCAUUGCAAUGGCUAUGGUUAUGGUCCAGAUUAGUGAAGCCAGUGAUUCUCGUGUUGGAACAUUCAGGCGACAAUUGGAAAAAAUAAUUCUGGAUAAGCAUGAAGACACCAUGAGUAAGAUGGGUGCAAUCUUAGCCUCUGGAAUUCUUGAUGCGGGUGGAAGGAAUGUAACCAUAAGGCUGCUUUCCAAGACAAAACAUGAUAAAGUCACUGCAGUAGUUGGUCUAGCAGUUUUUAGCCAGUUUUGGUAUUGGUAUCCCCUUAUAUAUUUCAUAAGCUUGGCAUUCUCACCCACUGCUUUUAUUGGACUGAACUAUGACUUGAAAGUUCCGAAGUUUGAGUUCUUAUCACAUGCAAAACCAUCACUUUUUGAAUAUCCUAAACCAACUACCGUUCCCACAACUACUUCUGCUGUAAAACUUCCCACAGCGGUUCUGUCAACAUCAGCAAAGGCCAAAGCUAGGGCCAAGAAAGAAGCUGAUCAGAAGGCAAAUGCUGAAAAGCUAUCUGGGACAGAAUCUUCCAAUAGCGGGAAAGGAAAAUCAUCUAGUGAGAAGGAUGCAGAUUCUAUGCAGGUUGAUAGCUCACCAGAGAAAAAAUCAGAGCCUGAGGCGUCUUUUGAAAUGCUGACCAACCCUGCCAGGGUAGUUCCUGCUCAGGAGAAAUUUAUUAAAUUUCUGGAAGAUAGCAGAUACGUGCCAGUGAAGUUAGCACCUUCAGGGUUUGUUCUACUUAGAGACUUACGUCCCACUGAACCUGAGGUACUCUCUCUUACGGACACGCCGGCAACUGCAUCAUCACCUGCUGGUGGAGCAGCAGCAACAGGACAGCAGGGUUCUGCAUCAGCCAUGGCAGUUGAUGAGGAACCUCAGCCUCCUCAGCCUUUUGAAUACACGUCAUGAUUCUGGUGUUCAUUUAUUUCUUCCUUUGGGUGGGAAAAUUCACUUGAUGCGCAGAAACUCUGGUGGUGUUCUAUGAUUGAAGACAAAAUUGUCAUCGUUCUGGGUAACCAAAGUUAAAGUUUGCAGGAAUUUUUUAAACGGAAGAAGAGGAACCUGAAAAGCUUUUUUUUUUCUUCAUAAAUUAACAUGUAUUGUAUUUAGUAUUUACAACGAAAAACCAAUCUGUAUGACUACUUAGGGUUCAUUACCUCCAUUCCUUGUGUUGAGAAUUUUGGAUUCCUAA